AUGGAUGAUUUAGAGAAGGUGAAUUGGGAUAAAUUGAAGAAAUCUUGGAUCAUGAUGGACUGCAAGUUGAUAGGAUUCGUUUUGGACCAAUGGGCUAAGGCAUUAAAGGCCCAAAUCAUGUCCCACCCGUGCACCAACACGCAGACCACACAAGGCCCUACAGGGGCAAAUAUGGAAAUCUUUCUUUUGUGCUAUAUGAGGAAGGUUUGGGGGCAUUUGAAGAACAUCAUCUUUUAUCUCAAAAAUCUUGCUACAUGUUUGAUCGCGUUUCACCUAUAUCACAAAAUCACGUUCGACCCUAAUAUUGUCGAUCAUUGCGUCCAUCGCUGCUUCCGAUCAAUAGCUGCUUCCGAUCAUUGCAUACUAUUUCAUCAAUCUGUGCAGAUUCAAGUCGGCAGAGCUAGAAAGAAGUACAAUGUUUCAUACCCAGCACUCUUCGCCACUGAAGCAGAUACCAAGGAUUACAAACUCUUCAACUGUAUUCAAAGAGGGCAUCAGAAUUCGAUGGAAUCUAUGCCGAUCUUCUUUGUUUUGAUGGUUUUGGGAGGAUUUAAACACCCACUUAUAUGUUCAGCUCUGGGAUUAGCGUACACAGUUACUAAGUUUUUCUAUUUCAAGGGUUACUCCUUCGGUGAUCCUAAGGGACGUCUCUCGAUUGGAGGAUUCAACGGUCUUGAAGAAGCAAAGAUAAACUACAAUCCAAAUUGA